CCUACUUCUGAAAAAUGUUUGUUUGAUCAAAGUUUAUUCGUUGAAGCGGAUGAAUUGUUCGCGAUGUUUUCCAGAUCGAAGGGAUGGUUGCCCGGACUAUUGUCCAAACCUAAAAAUCCACAUUCCUUGGAACAUUUAAAGUACUUGUACAAUUUGCUGUUGAAGAACCAAAUAGUGCAUGAACACAAUAGAAGUUUGCUGGUUGAAACACUGAGGUCUAUUUCAGAAAUCCUAAUUUGGGGUGAUCAAAAUGACAGCAGUGUAUUUGACUUUUUUUUGGAAAAGAACAUGCUUUCAUUUUUCUUGCGAUACCUGCGACAGAAAUCAGGACGAUUUAUUUGUGUGCAGCUUCUACAGACCUUGAACAUCUUGUUUGAAAACAUUAGCAACGAAACAUCCUUAUAUUACCUAUUGUCAAACAAUCACAUCAAUGCUAUCAUAGUCCAUAGAUUUGAUUUCUCGGAUGAAGAGGUCAUGGCUUAUUAUAUCUCAUUCCUUAAAACCCUUUCUUUAAAGUUGAAUCGUCACACAAUUCAUUUCUUUUACAAUGAGCACACCAAUGAUUUUGCCCUGUAUACAGAAGCUAUAAAGUUUUUUAAUCACUCGGAGACCAUGGUGAGAAUAGCAGUGCGAACCAUUACCUUAAAUGUCUUCAGAGUUCAAGACAAUGCCAUGUUAAGAUAUAUUAAGGAUCGCACAGCAGCCCCAUACUUUUCCAACCUUGUAUGGUUUAUAGGCAUGCAUAUACUAGAUCUGGACAGUUGUGUACGCAACGAUGCAGGACAUCAGAGCCGUAACUGGUUGUCUGACCUGGUUGCUGAGCACUUAGACCACCUCCAUUAUAUGAAUGAUAUCCUGAAUAUCCAGAUAGAUUCACUAAAUGAUGUGUUGACAGACCAGCUCCUGAAUAGACUUCUCAUUCCUCUCUAUGUUUACUCCCUGACCAUGAGGAAGAAACAUUCUGAUAGAAAGCGUGAGAAAAAACAUGUAUCAUCUGUCGUGUCUUUGUUCCUGCUAUCACAGGUGUUCCUGAUCAUCCGGUACUCACCACUGGUUAGACAGCUAGCAGAAAUCAUAUUCCAGGGAGAUGUAGAUAUACUGCGACUUGAGUCAUCGGAGGAAAUGCCAACAAGUCGGGUGAGAGCAUUCACUGCUCCUGAGGAAACUUUGGAGAAGACGUUUGGAACACACAGUGUGCGUUCCUUUGCUCAGCCACCUGAGGAAGAGAGUCCACGGAUACAGGAGGGAAACUCCACGUUCUUUACGAAAGAGACCACAACGAGUACAACCGCUGGAACAGAAGCAGUCUCCUCUCCUGAAACUGAACAAGUUGCUAGUCCCGUGAGUGAAGCAGUGUCAGGUGACAAUGAUUUAUCAAGUCCCAACCAAAAUUCAACAGAUGAAGAAAAACUUCUCAAUUCAUUAAGUCGCACUCAGCGCAUGGAACUUCCAUCAUCUAUCUCUAUAGAACAGAGACAAGCUGCAUUUUCUCUCAACAAUAGGCCAUAUUUAGAAUCCAUCUUUAACGCUUUGGAAUGUACAGAGAAUGACUAUGAGGCCCUGUUUGGUCUUUGUCUUUUAUAUGCCAUGGGACACAAUGAUGGUCUUCACCAAGGCUUGAUGGAUUCAGUACUCAUGCCUACUGAGAAAUGUGAGACAAAAGACCAUUACAAUGUGGCUUUAGUGGAAAGAUUGAUCAAAAUCAUCACCCUGGCAUGUCAGCAUGAGAGUAAGGUGAGGCUGUGUACUCUAGAGUUGGCCAUUCAACUACUAAAACAAUUGGUAUAUACCCCAGACAAGUCUUACCUCCAGGACCGCCACCUUGCAUGUGUAGAGGCCGCCCGCGAGUGUAGCACCCAGCUUCUCAGGAAUUUUUAUAAGGGUGAAGAAAUAUUCCUUGAUAUGUUUGAGGAUGAGUACAGAGAAAUGAAAAGUCGGCCAGUAAAUGUGGAAUACUUCAUGAUGGAUGCCUCUAUUUUAUUACCACCCACGGGAACACCUUUGACUGGGAUAGGUUUCAACAAAAGACUACCUUGUGGAGAAAUGGAAAGAGCUCGGAGGGCUAUUGGGGUGUUCAUCAUGGUGAGAGACUUGUCUCUAUGUCUGAUGCAUGAGGAGGAAACACAGCUGCCUCUCACCAAAGAAAAAGCCUGUGUCAAGGUGUCCGAAAUACUGGACUUAAAUAACAGUGACCUGAUUGCCUGUACUAUCGUGACGAAGGAAAGGAAACAAGAGAGACGUUUUUUGGUGAUUGACAGUGUCCAGAUGAUACUGGUAGAACCGGACACCAAGCGACUGGGUUGGGGCGUGGUCAGAUUUGUGGGAUUUCUUCAGGAUGUGGAAGUGAUGGGAGAUAAAGAUGAUAGCCGCUCUCUACACAUCAACAUCCACAAGCCAGCUACCUCCCAGCACACACGUCCAAUGUCCCUCUUGUCUGCACGUUUCCUCUUUGAUGACCAUAUACGCUGUAUGGCUGCGAAACAACGACUGUCCAAGGGGCGACUGAAGGCCCGCCAACUAAAGAUGCACAUGAUAGAGAGGCUAUUAGACAUCCCCUCUGACAGCAGCUCCCGGUCACACACACCAGUGUCCAAGUCUAAAGCAUAUCCAGGUAGAGGUCAUGCAGUGCGAGUAACCUCUGGUCAUUCAUCCAGUCCAACACCAUCUGAAAGCUCGACUGGAUCACAAUCUUUAAGUAACCAGGCAGUUAAUAAGUCUGGACAUAGAGUACUGCCCAGUGUUCCCAGUGAGGCUGCUGACACAAAGAUUAGCUCCAAGAAGCCUGCUCCCUCUGGUAAGGAGGACAUUGAAGUUGCUGAGGAAGCCACAAGCUUUGCCUACCAUUCCUUCAAUCAGCAGACAGGUGGGGCCUCACCAAGUAGACAUUCCCCCUCCCCGGUUGAAUCACAAGACAUACCUCUUGAGGACUUGUCAAGGAAGAAGAAGAGGCAUUCAGCACGUAAAAUGUCAGAUUCCAAAAUUAUUACCCUUGCCUCUAAUUCUCACAGCAGAAGUCACUCACACAGUCCAAAGAGACCAGAGGGAAUCAAGCCAAGUCGAGGACGAUCUACCUCCCUGGCCAUUGAGGUUGAAAAACGUGACCGUAGCUCCACACCAGUCAGACGACCACACAGCAAAAGCAGUCCACCAGUUCAUGUGUCAUCAGGUCAGUCAAGAUCUCGUGCUUCAUCAACUUCAUCUGAUGAAGAAACAUCCCGGCAAAAAGUGAAAGGUAAGGAAAUAGCCCACCAGUCUCCCAAGACUCUGCGACCAGCUGAGGAACCAGCCCUGUCACUCCUUCCCCAGGGAGAAAAUGCUGCAUGCUUGCCUUUAAGUAGUGAUGACUCGUUAAAGUUGAUAGCUCCAGUAGAGAUGGAUCGUAUCCGAAGUGUGAGUGAUACCUCCAGCACCAGUAGUUCAACCAGUAAGAUUGAUUUAGUAUCGCAGGAUAAGAGCAAAGAAGACAAACAGGUAGGAAAACCACAAUUUGCCUACAAUAUACCAAAGGGAGCUGAAGCAGAGGUGAGCAAGGCCAGCGUGGAACAGACCAGUAUGGCUAGAUCUGAUAACCAGAAUAAAUCCACAUCUGACCAGCUCACAAAAUUGGCUCAGAUAGUGCAAGAGCAUUACAAGUUCUCAAAUGAUGAUGGUGGUGGUGGACAACAAAAGACAUCCCCAUCUUCUUCUAGCUCACAAAGCACAGAAACAAGCGGAGUGUAAUGCUGAAGAAAGAGUCACAGGCUUGAGUCUAUAAUUAUGUGAAACAAAAUUUUGCAAUCCCUACAUGAAAGGCAGAACUUUAAACUCUUGACUCAAUGAAAAGGAGUGGAGGAUGUGAUUUGAAUUUGGUCACUUGCCACGAGGAUGUGAACUGGAGAUGAGCUCUUGGGAUCUGGUGUUCCUUUAUAUAUGGACAGUUGUAAUGUUGUGACAGGUAUUAUUAAGAAUAGUUACAUCCUAGGUGAAGAUAACUUUGUUAGGUGAUCUGACCCAACUGAGAGUAGUUUGCAAUGAUAUAUUACAGGGUAUAAAACAGGUCUUUAUUUUGUCUGUUGGGCUUUUUGUAGUUGAUUUCAUUUUGGGUAAUGGUAGAGGUCAGUCAGAUUUAUUUUGUUUAACUGGAGGGGGUAAGUUAGGUUUACAAUGUAUAACCUGAGUGGGUCAGUCAGGUUUAUAAUGUGUAACUGGAGAGGUCAGUCAGGUUUAUAAUAUAUAACUAGAGGGGGUCAGUCAGGUUUAUAAUAUAUAACUAGAGGGGGUCAGUCAGGUUUAUAAUAUAUAACUAGAGGGGGUCAGUCAGGUUUAUAAUGAGUAACAGGAGGGUGUCAGUCAGGUUUGUAAUGUACAACAGGAGGGUGUCAGUCAGGUUUAUAAUAUGUAACUGGAGAGGUCAGUCAGGUUUAUGAUAUAUAACUAGAGGGGGUCAGUCAGGUUUGUAAUGCACAAAAGGAGGGUGUCAGUCAGGUAUGUAAUGUACAACAGGAGGAGGGCAGUCAGGUUUGUAAUGCACAACAGUAUGGUGUCAGUCAGGUUUGUAAUGUACAACAGGAGGGUGUCAGUCAGGUUUAUAAUAUUUAACAGGAGGAGGGCAGUCAGGUUUGUAAUGUAUAACUGAAGGGAGGUCAGUUAGGUGUACAGUAUAUAAUUUGAGGGGGUCAGUCAGGUUUAUAAUGUAUAACUGGAGAGGUCAUUCAGGGAGGGGAGGGGUCAGUCAGGUUUAUUUGAUGUAAAGUAGGGGAGGAGUCAGUCAGGUUUAUUUGAUGUAAAGUAGCAUAAAAAGUAAGGUAUUUUUAAGUAAAAAAUGUAUAAUAUUUCAAUUGUACGUAGAAUUUAUUGACGUCACUACAGUGUAUCUAUAUAUAUAUAUAUAUUCCCAGAAUUCUUUACCUUAUAUAAGUGAUUUAUAUUCAGUUCUAGUGUAUUCCUACUGUAGGUUUCUUUACUACUAUACCUACUGUAGGUUUCAUUACUCGUAUACCUACUGUAGGUUUCUUUACUACUAUACCUACUGUAGGUUUCUUUACUCCUAUACUUACUGUAGGUUUCAUUACUUCUAUACCUACUGAAGGUUUCUUUACUCCUAUACCUACUGUAGGUUUCAUUACUCCUAUACCUACUGUAGGUUUCAUUACUCCUACACCUACUGUAGGUUUCAUUACUCCUAUACCUACUGUAGGUUUCUUAACUCCUAUACCUACUGUAGGUUUCAUUACUCCUAUACCUACUGUAGGUUUCAUUACUCGUAUACCUACUGAAUGUUUCUUUACUCCUAUACCUACUGAAGGUUUCUUUACUCCUAUACCUACUGUAGGUUUCUUUACUACUAUACCUACUGUAGGUUUCUUUACUCCUAUACCUACUGUAGGUUUCUUAACUCCUAUACCUACUGUAGGUUUCAUUACUCCUAUACCUACUGAAGGUUUCUUUACUCCUAUAUACCUACUGUAGGUUUCAUUACUCCUAUACCUACUGUAGGUUUCAUUACUCCUAUACCUACUGUAGGUUUCUUUACUCCUAUACCUACUGUAGGUUUCAUUACUCCUAUACCUACUGAAUGUUUCUUUACUACUAUACCUACUGUAGGUUUCAUUACUCCUAUACUUACUGUAGGUUUCUUUACUCCUAUACCUACUGUAGGUUUCUUUACUCCUAUACCUACUGUAGGUUUCUUUACUCCUAUACCUACUGAAUGUUUCUUUACUCCUAUACCUACUGUAGGUUUCAUUACUCCUAUACCUACUGUAGGUUUCUUUACUCCUAUACCUACUGAAUGUUUCUUUACUCCUAUACCUACUGUAGGUUUCAUUACUCCUAUACCUACUGUAGGUUUCAUUACUCCUAUACCUACUGUAGGUUUCUUUACUCCUAUACCUACUGAAGGUUUCUUUACUCCUAUAUACCUACUGUAGGUUUCAUUACUCCUAUACCUACUGUAGGUUUCAUUACUCCUAUACCUACUGAAGGUUUCAUUACUCCUAUACCUACUGUAGGUUUCUUUACUCCUAUACCUACUGUAGGUUUCAUUACUCCUAUACCUACUGAAUGUUUCUUUACUACUAUACCUACUGUAGGUUUCAUUACUCCUAUACCUACUGUAGGUUUCUUUACUCCUAUACCUACUGUAGGUUUCUUUACUCCUAUACCUACUGUAGGUUUCUUUACUCCUAUACCUACUGAAUGUUUCUUUACUCCUAUACCUACUGUAGGUUUCAUUACUCCUAUACCUACUGUAGGUUUCUUUUCUCCUAUACCUACUGAAUGUUUCUUUACUCCUAUACCUACUGUAGGUUUCAUUACUCCUAUACCUACUGUAGGUUUCAUUACUCCUAUACCUACUGUAGGUUUCUUUACUCCUAUACCUACUGAAUGUUUCUUUACUCCUAUACCUACUGUAGGUUUCAUUACUCCUAUACCCACUGUAGGUUUCUUUACUCCUAUACCUACUGUAGGUUUCAUUACUCCUAUACCUACUGUAGGUUUCUUUACUCCUAUACCUGCUUUAGGUUUCAUCCAUGUGAUAAAUAUGACUGAUAUGUGUUGUGAGUUUAUUCUCUAAGGUAACCCCCAAACAGCAGCUCACUUCUGAUAUUUGAGGAACAGUUAGUCAAAUUCAUUCAUGUGUUAAUGGAUUUAUUUAAUGAACCAUUGUUGACAUUGAAAUAUUUACAUUCCCCUAGUGUGAUGAUGAACUUGGUAUAUUCCUUGUGGUUCUCCUCACGUUGAUGGAUAUACUCCACACAUUGACUUGGCAUACCCAAUAUGAUACACCCUGGGUACUCCAACCUUGAUGUGUGUACUCAACAUGGUAUCUUGUCAUUAUAUCAAAUCUGUGUGAAGAAAGGGCACAACUGGUUUUUUUGGCACUAUGUGUUUAAACAUAGUCUGUUUGUGAAAGAUUCUUGCUAGGAAUAAGUUCUAGUUUUCAGUGUGUAACAGCUUACAAGGAUAUUGUUAAUCACAAAUAUUUCAUAGGUCAGCAGGUGAUAUGCAGUAUUCUUUUGAUUUUUUUUUUUUUUUUCAAUUUUGUUGCUGAAAGUCACAAAUAGGAAUCAGCUGUUAUAAUUUGAUCAUGCACAAAUAGGUCGGAAUGAUAUUGUCUAGAGAGAUCACAGGUCAUAGAUGCUUUUAGUCAGAUGUUUUAUAUGUCCAUAAAAUAAGUUUUGGAAUUUGAUUGGAUAUAUUAUUUUAAUGUAAAAUAUUGAUGACUAAUAUGUUUUGGUGUUUUGGACUUGACAGUUGAACUGUUUUUAUUAUUCAUAAAAAAAGUAAAAUGACCGUUUGAUGUUUUAUCCCUGUAAAACAGAGCCAGUCUGUUAAUUCUGGUCAGGGAAUAAUCAUGUUUGUUGCAUGUGAAGCAGUAUUGUGAUAGUUGACCCAUAUGUGCAAUAUGUUAAUAAAGAUAUUGAGUG